UAAAUGACGGAAAAUGCCACAGUAUUAACUCGAGUCUUCAAGCGAACACAACGAAAUGUUUCCAUUGAUCUCAACAACUUACGACGCAGAAAAACGCAUCUGGUUUGGACCGAAACGCAAGGAUCUGUACAGUGAAAAUGCCACGCUAGGCGAAGUCAUUUGUAAUCAAUUGCGGAAACAGCCGAAUAGGAUUAUUCAAAUCCACGAUCAGACGGGAGAGGCGAUGACAUGCGGAGAAUUGUAUCGGAAUGCACAAAUUUUGACGAGGCAAUUGGUUAAAUUGAAUUUAAAUGCGGGUGACAUCGUUGGCUUGUAUGCCGCGAAUAGUACACAUGUGGUGACGGUAAUGCUGGCCUCGUUCCUCUGCGGAUGUCCUGUGAAUCCUGUCUAUGCUGAGUUUGACAAAGAGUCGGUAUCUGCUCUAUACAGUGUAACUCGUCCGAAAAUAUUAUUCUGCGAUGUUGAAAAUUACGAAAAUACUCGAAGAGUCAACGAAGAAUUGAAUUUAAACUGCAAAAUUUUUGUUUUGAAUGGCCAUCUGGAGGGGGUUGCCAAUGUCAAAGAGCUUCUGGAGUGGAAUGAAGAACUUGAUGAAAAUUUUAGUUAUCCUUGUUUCGAUUUGAACGGUGAUGAUACGGCCUUGAUUGUUUUUUCUUCUGGCACUACGGGUCCGGCAAAGGGAGUGUUGUGUUCACAUCUGGCCUUUCUUAAUCAGGAAAAUGCACCAAAUCUGACCACAGACUCCGUAUUGUUUGGUUUCAGUCCCAUGUAUUGGAUAUCUGGCGUCUGGGCCUUAACCACCUCCCUAAUGAACUCAUGCUGUCGUAUUAUUACGGAGAAAAGUUUUACCACGGCAUAUUUCCUCGACUUGGUGGAGAAGCAUAAAAUCACCCAUGUCAUAAUGAAUGCCAGUCAUUUGGCGGAGGUGGCUCUGCUGGAAGAUGUUACCAAAGCCCAGGAGAAAAUGAAAAGUAUUGUUGCUUUUUGGGCCGGAGGUUCAGUAAUGCCUACCAUUGUACAUGAACGCAUGGAGCGGAUGAUACCGAAUGCCAGGGAGCGGCCUGGUUUUAUGGCAGCCUAUGGCAUGUCCGAACUGGCAGGACUGGUCAGCAUGAAUGGCACAAUUCCAAAGCAACGUUGUGCGAGCUCUGUGGGUCAGCUGGUGUCCAAUCGUAUUGUGCGCAUCAUCGAUGACAAGGGUAUGCCCUUGGGUCCUAAUGAGCUGGGCCAGAUAUGCAUUCAGUUGAACCAAUACUCUUGGAAGGGAUAUUUUAAAAAUGAAGUGGCCACCAAACGGGCUUUGGUGGAUAACUGGCUGCACACCGGCGAUAUGGGUCAUUUCGAUUCGCAAGGAUUCCUUCAUUUUUGCAGUCGUGGCAAUGAUGUUUUCAAAUCUAGAAAUUUCCAAAUUUAUCCCCAAAUUUUAGAAGGGUUAAUUGCCAAAGUCCCUGGGGUUUUUGAUGUUUGUGUUGUUGGCGUACCCAAUAUUUUGGCCACAAAUUUAACAGCUGCCGCUGUGGUCAGAACGGCUGACGAGGAGGGCCAGCGCUUAACCGCCAAGGACAUAGACGAUCAUGUCAAAGCAAAUAUUGCCGAAAUGUAUAAUUUACAUGGUGGCGUUUAUUUUUUCGAAGCUCUGCCAAAAACCGCCACGGGAAAAAUGUUGCGAAAAACCAUCAUGGAUAUGGUUGUGAAACGGAGCAAAGAAGAGAAUGCUGUUAAUUAGAAAUAGAGAUUUUUAAUAUUCUAGCAUUAAUAAUUUUUUUGUGAAUAAAAACUUUUAUUUAGAAAAUGA